GAAUAUUUCCGUUAGUUCAAAACUUGCGUCUCCCCGCAAAAGCAAAAACUGUGAUCUUUUAUAUAGUACAGAGGGUUUUUUGUUGGACAGAAACCGUCCCAGAAAUGUUGAUGUGCCGUAGUUUAUUUACGUUUCGUGGUUGUAGCUCUGUUAGGUGGCGAAGUGCUCAUGCUCACUCAAUGCAACCCAGUAGUAGCACUGGGGAAAGUACAAUCGAUCCGGAAUGGGCCACAGCAAAGCCGUACAAAUGCAUUCCGGGGCCUAGCGUGUGGCAGCUGUUCACCGGUUUUUCUAAGGGUGGACGUUACGCUGGGCUAGACUUGAUCGAGCUACACUAUCGUUUGCGUGAAGAAUUUGGAGAUCUUUACCGUGUGCCUGGUGUGAUGGGUCGGCCCGAUGUCGUUAUGAGUUUCUCGCCGGAAGAUUUUGAAAAGAUUUUCCGAACGGAAGGACAGUGGCCUAUACGGCGAAGUUUCGACACGAUGACGUACUACCGGUUAAAAAUUCGCCCAGAGAUAUUUGGCGAGAUGGGUGGACUAGUGACUUCCCAGGGUGAAUUGUGGCAAAAGAUGCGAAGCAUUUCCAACCCCGUCCUGAUGCAUCCAAAGACGGUGAAGGUGUAUCUUGAGCAGGUGGAUGACGUGUGCCGUGAAUUUAUGACCAUCAUGGCAAACCUGCGAGAUGAUAAGCAGGAACUACCGGUUGACUUUAAUGAAUGGAUCAGCCGAUGGGCGCUGGAAACGACCGGUGUAUUGGCACUGGAUUCGAGGCUAGGUGUGAUGCAUUCAAAAGAUUCCGUUGGAGGGCAGAGACUAGUAGAUGUUGUGGAUGAAAUCUUUCAACUAACCUACCAACUGGAUGUAUUACCUUCCGUGUGGAGAUACUACAAAACACCUAGUUUUAAAAGACUAAUGGUAUUGUUUGAUGAACUUACUAAUAUAAUAAUGGACAAAAUCGAUCAAGCCAUGGAACGUUUUGAGAAAAAUCCGACGUCUGAGAAUAAUCAGAGUGUCCUCAAGAAAUUGUUGAAGAUUAAUAAACACAUCGCGGUGAUCAUGGCACUGGAUAUGAUAUUUGCUGGAAUUGACACGACAUCAUCGGGUUCCGUUGGUAUAUUGUACUGUUUAGCCAAACAUCCUGACAAACAAUCAAAAUUGCGCGAAGAACUCCGGACGAUAAUGCCAUCCAAAGAUACCCCACUUACAGCAAGCAUUAUGAACAACUUGCCAUAUCUGCGGGCCUGCAUCAAGGAGGGGAUUCGAUUGUUUCCACCGACAGCGGGUAACUUUCGUGCCACGGGACGUGACAUGGUGUUGCAGGGUUACCGUAUUCCAAAGGAUACGGACAUUGCUAUGGGUAGUUUAGUGUUGAUGCGAGAUGAAAAUUACUUUGUACGCUCGAAGGAAUUUCUUCCCGAACGAUGGCUUAACGAUCGCGACGGCGGUAUACCGAGCGCAAAGGAAGUGAAUCCAUUUAUUUUUCUACCAUUUGGGUUUGGUUCGCGUAGCUGCAUCGGGAAGCGGCUGGCUAUGAUGGAGAUGGAAGUGUUGUUGGCGCGAUUGAUAAGGCGAUUUGAUUUUCGGUGGAAUUACGAAGAUUAUAAAGUUCGUACCACUGUUAUAAACCUUCCGGGAAGUCCACUACGUUUCCAGGUGAGAGAUGUAGAUCCGAUUUCAAUAGUGUUGCAGAUAGACUACAAAAUGAUCGCCUCAAGAGCCCCAUUGUGGAAUCAUUGGCUACGAUCAAGUAUCGUUCCCUGUACGGUGACAUCGCAACGAUUGCUCAGUGCUCAGGCAGCUGUCGAUCACGUUGAUCCGGAAUGGGCCUCAGCGAAACCGUACAAAGAUAUCCCCACACCACCCAUAAUGCAGUUUCUAAGAGGAUUCGGAAAAGAUGGACGUUAUGCAAAUCUGGAUCUGGUAGAGCUGCAUACACGCAUGUGGGAAGAUUUUGGCGAUAUUGUUCGCUUCCGGGGAAUGUUUGGUCGGAACGAUGUUAUUAUGACGUACAGUCCUCCUGACAUUGAGAAAGUGUUCCGCACCGAGGGGCAAUGGCCGGUACGUCGUGGGUUCGAUAGCUUUACUUAUUAUCGUCAGAAGGUUCGGCCUGAUAUCUUCGGCGAGACGGGCGGUCUAGUCACGGAACACGGUGAAAAAUGGCAAAAUGUGCGCACCAUCGUAAACCCGGUAAUGAUGCAGCCGAAAACAAUCAAGCUGUACAUCGAUCAGGUGGAUGCAGUUGCACGAGAGUUUAUGACGCUCGUUGCUGAGAUGCGAGAUUCAAAAAAUGAGUUGCCGACAAAUUUCGACCAAUGGCUAAAUCGAUGGGCACUUGAAACUAUGGGUGUUCUCGCACUGGAUACAAGGUUAGGCGUGCUGAAGUCUGAUGAAUCGCAGGAAGCGAAGCGGAUAAUUGGACUUGUUCGAGAUCUUUUCGAACUAACGUACCAUUUGGACGUGGAACUUUCGCUUUGGAAGUACUUCAGUACACCCUCUUAUAAGAAGCUGAUGCGUGUGUUUGACGAUCUAACUCAUUUGAUUAUGGCAAAAAUUGAUGAGGCCAAAGAGAAACUCGAAAAGCAGCCAUCAAACUCAGCCAAUCAAAGUGUGCUGGAGAAGCUGUUGAAGAUCAACAAGCAUGUUGCUGUCAUCAUGUCGUUGGACAUGCUAAUUGCUGGGAUCGAUACAACAUCUUCCGGAUCGAUCGGGAUACUGUACUGCUUAGCGAAGCAUCCAGAGAAGCAGGCAAAGCUGCGUGAAGAGCUUCGGACGAUUAUGCCCAAAAAGGACUCACCAUUGACUGCUGAAAGCAUGCAUAAUCUUCCAUACUUGAGAGCGUGCAUCAAGGAGGGACUACGACUCUAUCAACCGGUUGCAGGAAACAUGCGUGCUGCUGGCCGGGAUAUCGUACUGCAGGGUUACCGCAUACCGAAGGGAACGGAUAUUGCCAUGGGUACGGCGGUACUGCAGCGUAAUGAGAAGUACUUCCGCCGAGCUGCCGAAUACCUUCCGGAACGUUGGUUGUCCGAACGUCCGGGAGAUGUGCCAAAUGCGAAGGAGACGAGUCCGUUCAUCUUCCUACCGUUUGGCUUUGGUGCUCGUAGCUGUAUCGGCAAACGGCUCGCGAUGAUGGAGAUGGAAAUUAUUACUGCACGUCUUGUGCGACAGUUUGAUCUGCGUUGGAAUUAUGAUAAGCUUCGCUUUAAGGCGGCAUUGAUCAACAUUCCCGCGAACCCGUUGCAGUUCGAGCUGAGGGAAGUUGACCAUCGCAUCAUGGCUUUGCGUGCAGUGAUUCAACGAUCUUUCGUUCGGAGUGAGGUUGAGUGUGUGAGACGGUUUCAAAGUACGGUUACCACGGCAACGAAAGAUUUUAUCGACCCAGAAUGGGAAACGGCAAAGCCGUACAAGAGCAUUCCCUGCCCUAAACUGAUGUCAUUUGCGAAGGAAUUUAAAGAGGGAGGUCGUUAUUAUGAUCUCACCGGGGCCGAACUGUACGGCCGUUGGCGUGAUGAUUAUGGGGAGCUAAUGCGUAUCAAGGGAAUGUUCGGUAGGCCGGACAUUGUGUUAACCUUUCGCCCGGAAGACUUUGAGAAGGUGUUCCGCACCGAAGGUGUUUGGCCGAUACGGCGAAGCUCGGAAACACUUAGCUACUAUCGGAAGAAGGUACGUCCAGAAGUGUUUGGUGAGCUGAGCGGACUCGUUACAACGCAAGGCGAAGAGUGGCAAACAGUGCGUACCAUGGUAAAUCCGGUGAUGAUGCAACCGAAAAUCAUCCAGCUGUACGUGAGCCAGGUCGAUGCUAUUGCCAGAGAGUUUAUGAGCAUUGUGGCUGAUCUGCGUGAUGGCAAACAUGAGCUGCCGGUCGAUUUCGAUCAGUGGUUGAACCGAUGGGCUCUGGAGACGGUUGGAGUGCUUGCCCUGGACACUAGGUUGGGUGUUUUAAAUCCGGACCAAUCGACAGAAGCCAAAGCCAUCAUUGCGCUUGUGCGUAAUGUGUUUGAUUUGAUUUAUCGUUUGGAGUUUGAACCUUCGCUUUGGAAGUACUUCAAAACUCCUACCUUUAAGAAGCUGAUGAAUGAGUUUGAUAAUUUAACAAAUCUCAUAAUGGGGAAAAUUGAUGAAGCAGUACAGAGGUUUGAAAAAAAUCCAACGGUGGAGGGUAAUCAAAGUGUGUUGGAGAAACUGUUACGGGUCAACAAGCAGGUAGCCGUGGUGAUGGCGUUCGAUAUGCUUAUGGCCGGGAUCGAUACGACAUCAUCCAGCACCACUGGCCUGUUGUAUUGUCUAGCCAAGAACCCCGAGAAGCAGAUUCGACUGCGUGAAGAGCUUAAAACAAUACUUCCUCACAAGGAUUCACCCCUGACGCCAGAAAGUAUGCGCAAUCUCCCUUACCUGAGAGCAUGCAUCAAAGAAGGCUUACGACUGUAUCAACCAACGCCAGCAAACGUACGAAAAGUUGGUCAAAAUAUCGUUCUGCAAGGAUAUCGUGUACCGAAACAUACAGAGGUAGUGAUGGCUUCAUUAGUGCUACAACGUGAUGCAACACACUUCCCGCAGCCGGAUGCAUUUCUACCGGAACGAUGGCUACAGAAUGGAUCGGAUUCGACCACGCCGAAUGCAAAGGAUGCACAUCCGUUCAUAUUUCUGCCGUUUGGUUUUGGUGCUCGAAGCUGCAUCGGUAGACGACUUGCCAUGAUGGAGAUGGAGAUCGUUAUUGCACGGUUUGUGCGAAGCUAUGAGAUUGGAUGGAACUAUGGCAAUCUCAAAAUGAAAAUGGGACUGAUCAAUACACCGGCCAUUCCGCUUCAUUUUCAGCUGAAGGAUGUGUGUGAGUGAACAACAAAUAUAUUUUUGGUUGUACGUAAAGCAUGAUUCGUUAUCUUAUCUCGAUAUUCUUAUCUAAUGUUAUAAAUGUGUGAGAAAAUCCAUUACACUAUCACGGCAAAGUAUGUGACCUGUUAUCAAUAAACAAUUACGAGAUAAUAUUCUCUGA